AUGAAGCGUCCAAGUACAUCUCCUUCAAAUGACUCUAAAUGGGCCCUUAUCAGAAGAAAAUCUGAAGAGAUAGCAAUGUUGGUUAGCUUUAUUUCCCAACAAACAACACAACCAAACCAAAACCCAAACCAAACCGUAACUUCAACAACAUCAACCACUUCGCCAAUACCAACGACCAUCACAACAACACCCCAAGAAUUAAUGGAAUUGGAAUCAAGAGUUAUAAAAUUAAAUCGAGAAAUUAAACAAUUAUUAGAUGAUGAAUUUAAUUUUGAAGACCAAAUUUUAAGUGCUCCAUUGACAAGUCCAUUAUUAUCACCACGAUCACCUUUACAUUCGCCAUUUCAUUCACCAUCUCAAUUGAUUCAUCCAACAAGUCGAUUAAUGUCACCGUCUCCAUCAUCUGACAUUUGGGCUUUGUCACCGAUCCAAGAACCCUCUAGAAUGGUAUCGCCAACUCUUGAAUCGAUUCCACAACAACAUCAACAACAACCACAAAAUACGUUAGCCACUUCAACCACAUCGACAUCUUCAUCCACCUCUUCAACCACAUCAACCAUAUCAACAACAUCAACAUCAUCAUCCAUCACACCAUCUCAAGCAAGAGCCAGUUUCAAACCACCUCCGCUCAAACCAACUCCUCCAUUUAAAGAAUCUCCACUCUUUAAAGCUGCACAACAACUGCGAGAAGAGCAAGAAAAGGAAAAGGAGAAAAGACGUCCUUCACGUUCUCCAACACCAACACCUGCAUCUACCGCCAAAGAAGCCAAAAAGAGAGGAAGACCUGCAGGAACACGACCAGAACAAUGUGCCAUCUGCAAGAAAACAGAAACCCCAGAAUGGAGAAAAGGAAAGAAUGGAAUCGAUCUAUGCAAUGCUUGUGGACUACAGUACAGAAAAAAAACAAAAAAAGAAAAAGAGAGCAAACAACGACACUCUAUCAUUAAUAUCUUGGACGAAAAAGAAAUUAUUGAAAGAUCAGGAUCUGAAGAAGGCGAUGAAGAAUGGGAACAAUAUUCUUCUAGCUCUGGUGGUGAUCCAUCUGAACCAUCAUCAGAACCAGAUAAUUAA